CCAUGAGCGUACUCGCUUUCCUCCUCAUGCCCCAGCCGCCAACACCAGCGACAUCGACGGCAAAGCCGACCAAGACAAAGGGCUGGCCGUGGCGCCGACUCCACCGCCGCGUCUCGAACGUCGGCGAGGCGUCACAGGUGCCAUGCGCGGCCGGGCACAAGCCAGCUCCGCCCACAGCCUCCCGACACAUUACGAUCGCCUACAAGAAGCACGAUCUGUCCAAGCGACGAGAGCGCUCGAGCCUCAUUGGCGGCCACUACGUGCCAUGGACACCAGCCGAGCGCGCCUACUGGAAGUUUGAACGGCAAUGGUUCAUGGCCUGCUCACCGAUCGAAGAAGAGAGUCCGGCCGUGUGUGACGCGUGCCAAUCCCGUGCCUUUGAGCUCUCGACAAACAAAAUAUGGAUCUCCAAGACGUUGCCGUCGGUGCGACGAGCGCCCGUAAACGCACGUCGCCACUAAUUUAAAUAUGCAAUUAUGAUAAAACCAGUAGAUCACUUGGAAAACAUGGAAAAUUAUGUAAACCUGUC